AUGAAGCCAGCAGAGAUCAGAUUCUCUCUACAGAGACUUCUACAGCACAGAGAUCCAACCAUGGCCCCAGCAAUCACUGCAGCAAUGGCCAACUCUCAGGAGCAUCUGAUGCUGAACCACAAGCUCAGAAAACCUCAGGUGGAGAAACUACGCAGAGAGCGAAUCAACAGCAGCAUCGAACAGCUCAAGUCUCUCCUGCUGGGUGCAGAGUUCCUCAAACAGCAGCCAGACUCCAAGUUGGAGAAAGCAGACAUCCUGGAGAUGACUGUUUGCUUCCUGAGGCAACUGCAGAAGCAGCAUCCAGAUGUGGUCUCAGGGGCUGUUGAGCUGGGGUAUUCCAGAUGUGUUCAAGAGGCUGUGCACUUCCUGUCCAAAGAUGAAGUGAAGACACAGUCCCAAGGAAGACUCCUGAAGCAUUUCAGCAUGAUGCAGUCUUUCUCCAAGAAGAACUUGAGAAAAGCAGACUUCUCUCCACAGAGCCCAACAGAGCAAGGUAGCGUCAGUAAAGACAAGAAUCCGCUCCACAGCCCCCUCUGGAGGCCGUGGUAGACGCCUACAGCAUGGAGUUCCCACAAGAGAAACUUAGACCAUAUUGGUCUAGAAGAUACUGGACUAAAUUCUUUUUUGAAAUCAAAUUAUUUCUGUUUAAUAAGAACAUGGUAUAUAUUUUGUAAAUGUGUUUAUUUUCCAAGAUUAUAUUUCCAGUGAAAAUGGCAAAAGCAUUGUUUUUGAUUUACAAAAGACGAACAUACUUUUAUGCAUUUUUGUAUAAAAUUUCUAUAACUGCACUAGUGAUAAUGUAGUAAUAGGAAUCCCAGUAGCAUUGAUUGUGUUUUGAUUAUUCAUAAUCAUGUUCUACAGUUUAUAUGUCCUUUUUUGGAAUUAUUUGGAAGGAGUGCAACGCUAUUCUUUCUUUACAAUCCGUUAUAUGAUUGAAACAUUUAUACUUUGGUUUUAAAAAGAUUUUCUUGAUUUUGUAAUUUUGAUUACAAGUUUUCAUCAGUAAUAUUUAUUACUAUUGGGAAAUCAUAAUUGAUCAUCUUGAUCAUGUAUCAUCAAGUAUCUACCUCAUUUUUAUUUGUA